CUAAAGGCCUUUAUGUCCAACAGGAACAAAUCAGAUCCCCUCUUCUAUGGACAGUACCAACCAGCCUGACAAACAAAAGAGCUGGAAUCUGAUUGGUUGCUAGGAUCACCCAGAGUAAAGCAAACAACUGUUGCCCAUAGCAACCAAUCUGCUAACGUGUUUCAUUUUCCAACCUGCCUCAGAUGCAUGAAUCUGAUUGGUUGCUAGGACCAGCCAGAGAGAGAGAGCCUUCAUGGCCAACCGUUACCCACAGCAACCAAUCAGAUCCCCCUCUUUUAUUUUCCGACCAGCCUUACAAACAAAAGAGCUGUUAUCUGAUUGGUUGCUAGGACGAGCCAUAGGAUAAAGCUCACAACCGUUGCCCACAACAACCAAUCAGACAAGGGCUUUCAAUUUCCAAGCUGCCUUACAUUAAUCUGAUUUGUCGCUAAGAGCAGCAGCAGCAGCAUCCAGGAGCGGGGGGCACUAUAAGGGGGAGCUGCCUAUGCACUCCUCAACGGUCCCUAUAGUAACCUCCUCCCCCUUAGUCCGUGUAAUGGCGGCUGUCGCUAUGUACCACAUCGCGUCCCGGGCUCAGCCAAUCACAGGCCUGCGCUGGGCGGGGCGGGGCCUCCUCAUCUCUGCUCCGUGUGGAAAAGACGGUUUCGGGUGCAAAAGUUUGUAUUAUUUCUCUGCUCCGGACGUCAGAGAUGCCCAGUGAGGGAGAAGCCGUCGCCGCUACAGCCGGGCUCCGGUCAUUGCUCUCCCGCCGCGGCCUCCUCCUGUCUCAGCCGCCGGGCCCCGCACCUUCCCCUCCGCGCUGACCUUUGUACCGUGCGCUCGGCUCGGUCGUCAGUCACCAUGUGGGAGUCUAACCGUGUGCGGCUGCUAUGUAUGCUCGGCCUCACCUUCGUCUUCUUCGUGGCGGAGGUGGUGGUCAGCCGGGUGACCGGCUCCCUGGCCAUGCUCUCCGACUCCUUUCACAUGUUGUCGGAUGUCAUCGCGCUGGUGGUCGGCCUGAUCGCCGUGCGCUUCGCCCGGAAGACGCGCUCCACCGACAAGAACACGUUCGGCUGGAUCCGGGCCGGGGUGAUGGGCGCCCUGGUGAACGCCAUCUUCCUCACCGCCCUCUGCUUCACCAUCAUCCUGGAGGCCGUGGAGCGCUUCACCGAGCCCCGGGCCAUCGAGCAGCCGCUCAUCGUUAUCGGGGUGGGGGCCGGGGGGCUGCUCAUCAACCUCAUCGGCCUCUGCAUGUUCCGGGACAGCGCCGGCCACGGGCACUCACACGGCGGCGGCUCCGGACACGGACACUCCCACGGCGGGGGCUCCGGACACUCUCACGGGUCGGCCAAGAAGAGUCACCGGAGCCGGGAGAGAUCGGCUGGAGAUGGCGCCGCCCUGGACCGGGAGGAGACCAACAACCUGGUGGAGAACGGACCUGGAGUGGACGUGGUGCCCGGGAAACACUAUUCUUUGGCAGAGAGCGCAGACGACCACCGGUUGAAUGGCAACAUUGUGCAAAACCACGUGGCAGAAAUCCACGAGGACGGCUCCGAGCUCAACAUGCGUGGGGUGUUCCUCCACGUUCUCGGCGAUGCAUUAGGCUCGGUCAUCGUGGUGGUGAAUGCGGUGGUCUUCUAUUUUGUCUUUAACCCUUGUCCACCUGGGGGGGAAAGAUGCAUCAACCCUUGUGUUCACGAGCACUGCGACGACCAUCCGGAAGUCAAUCACACGUCGCUUCUCCUGAACGAUACCGCAGAGGUACCUGAGAUCGCGAUCGCUGGACCUUGCUGGGUUCUAUACCUAGAUCCAGCCUUGUGUGUGUUCAUGGUGUGUAUAUUGCUGUAUACCACUUACCCCCUUCUCAAAGAGUCUGCUCUCAUCCUCCUGCAAACGGUCCCCAAACAAAUUGACAUUUCCUCUUUGAAACAAAAGCUGCGGAACAUCGAAGGCGUGGAGGCUGUCCACGAGCUGCACGUUUGGCAGCUAGCCGAGAGCCGCAUCAUCGCCACCGCUCACAUCAAAUGCCACGAUCCCACCGCUUAUAUGGAGGUAGCGAAACGGAUUAAAGACUUCUUCCACGACGAAGGAAUCCACGCUACCACUAUUCAGCCAGAGUUUUCCAGCGUGGAAUCCGGAUCUAGAAUAUCCCUUUGCGAACUUUCCUGUAGAACUCAGUGCGCCCCCAAACAGUGCUGUGGGGACCCUGAGAAAAACGUCUCCGCUAGGAAGACCAGCUGCGGAGCCGCAGCCUUAGGAAUGAUCAGCGAGUCUCCGGAGAAUAGGAGCAAGAGAACUAAUGCUUCUGAGAAGCCCAAUGAGGACAUUCAGAUAGACAUUGACUCUUCUGUCUGAGCCCAAUUUGCAGCUUUCUCGGCUAUAACUGGGGGAAGACACAAAAGGGAAACCGCUUCCCAACUCAUUUCCCGAACUUGCAGUUUGGCAAUAUCGAUGAUCACGAAUAGACUGGAUCUGGGAUGGUUUUAUGUUCAGUAUUCUAUUCCACUUGUCACAACUAAAAAAAAGAAAGAAAAAAAAAAAAAAGUUACCUCUUCGAUUAUACAGACGUUUCACAAUGUGCUCAAUGUUACAGGUUUUAUUUUUACCGCUUUUGCCCAAGAUAUUGUCAUAGCUAUGCAGAUCGCUUUAGGACUGAGACUGUAAUGUUGUGUGGACUCUUUUGUUUCUCUUAGUUCUCAUUUUAGUUGAUACCACAUUUCUGUUCUUUAUUUAAGUCUUCAGAUGUGGACCGCAGUAGUAUAUCGACGCUCGGCCGGAGAUGCUUGACAAGUUGUUGUUUGGAGCUCCGCUUUUUUUUUUUUUUUUUUUUUAGCACUUUACAUCUACUGUGUCGGAUAUUUUAUAUUUAUUGUGAACUGAUCUUGUCUUAUCGCUCGUACAUUCAGGUGAUGCUGGUUGCUGCUUGUAGUCCGUAAGUUCUAUUCUCUUAGCAGUGAUUCAAUCGUUUCUGCUGUAUAGCGUUCUCUGAGAAAUAGUGAUUACAAAAGCCACUCCGUAGAGCAGUGUUUCCCAACCGGGGCUCCUCCAGCUGUUGCAAAACUACAACUCCCAGCAUGCACUGUCCGGGCAUCCUGGGGGUUGUAGUUUUGCAACAGCUGGAGGCGCCCCGGUUGGGGAAACACUGCCAUAGAGUAUGAGCUACAUCUUCAAGCGUACACCGCAGCAGAGCAUGUUGCCUGCAGACUUUGAAUCGGCAGAGGCUGCUGGGAGAUUUUUGUUGUUUUGUUUGAAUAGUAUGUGAAGCGGUCUGUAGGCGUAAAGACAAUUCUUACCGUAAAGUCUGUUUAUCGAUAGUCGUAUGAGAUUACAAAAACGUAACUGGUUUCUUGCUAGAACGGCGCCACAUCUGUCCACAGGUUGUGUGAGGUAUUGCAGCUAAGCUACGAUACCAGACAAAACCCUUAGACAAGUGCUUCCCAACCAGGGUGCCCCAAG